AUACGAUUAAAAGAAAACGAUAUUGUGACGAGUAUAAAAUGAGGGCCCGUUUAACGUGAAUAAUUCACUGUUAAGACUGUCUCCUGACUAGCUGUUAAAAAAUGAGGUUCUUCGCUGUUUUUGUUCUGAUUUUCGUGUGCCUGGCUAUCGCCGCGGACGCCCAAACCACGAAGAAGCCAAGCCCGACUACUGCACCUAAGCCUACCGCUAAGCCGAAGCCAACUGCCAAACCGAAACCAACUACUGGACCCAAGCCGACAGCUAAGCCUAAACCGACAGCUAAGCCCAAGCCGACUGCUAAGGCCAAGCCAACAGCUAAGCCCAAGCCGACUGCUAAGGCCAAGCCAACUGCUAAACCUAAACCAUCGGCCAAACCGAAGCCAACCGCACCGCCCAAGCCCACAGCCAAGCCCAAGCCAACGACUCGUAAACCAUAAGAUGAUCGUUUGAAGAGAGUUACUGAUAUUUUUCAGUUACGGCCAGGCUGGACGGUGUGAGAAGAGACUGCAUAAUUUUCAAAUAUGGAUUUAUUUUGUUGGAUUUCGUUUUUGACGCUUCUUGUAUUAAAUGAAGCCACGAAUAAAACAAUAAAAAAAAA